AUGAGAAACUGGACAUUAUCAACCAAUGAGAUCCUCCAAAUUCUUUCGACGACAACAACUCAGUCUGUGGAACUCCUUAGGCAUAUGAGUUCGAGUCAGGUGGGGAAGCAACGCAUCAGGUUUUCUACAACAAGUUGUCUUACUGUCGAUGGAUUGAAAUGACUCAAUAACCAUGAGGAAAAGGCUGAUAUGGUUAAUGGAGUUAAAAGAAUGGUAGAAAUGGAGCUUAUUUCCUCUUUUAAAGAUUCAAAUGAAUACCGCUUUCUAUUCGGUUACAUUAUUCGGAAUCAACUCAGCACUACUCAUCAUGGAUAUGGUUUGUCUCACCUUCAAGAAACUAUACAAAUGAAGGAAGGGAUAAUAGAGACAAUAAUAUUAGAAAACAAGGCCUUGCAUUCUGAAGUCGGGAUGUUAGUAGUUACUGUUAAGAAAAUUCAAGAUAUUAUGACACGAAUGGAGGAAGAUGAUAGAGCCGCUUUGCGUGUAAUGGUGGCAAACCAAGAAAAAAAUGUUACAAAUUCUCAUCACAAUGAUUCUAGGGCAACUGUAUCAGAGGCAAAUUCAGAAUGCUCAACCACACAAUGA